AUGCUUCGACUCGAGCAUAGGUUCCGUCCGUGGCCUGUCAUGUCAUCUGUCGUUUGGCAACAGAGGGAACACUUAGCCAUCACCACAUAUAUGGGCUUUCUUUCGCUGCUAUUCAUCUCAUUUGCCAUCUAUUUUGUCGAAAAAGACGUGAAUCCGGCCUUCAAUAACAUCGCCGCCGCUAUGUAUUGGGGAGUCGUUACGCUUUGCACUGUCGGUUAUGGAGAUAUGAUUCCCAUUACGCCAACCGGAAAAUUCCUGUCCUCUAUAUGUAUAAUAAUUGGUGUCUCAAUAUUUGCAUUACCGGCCGGAAUAUUGGGCACAGGUCUCGCACUCAAGGUUCAGGAACAGCAAAGAGUCAGACAAAUGGGUAAACGGAGAGAACCUGCAGCCAAACUAAUACAGUGCACGUGGAGGUGCUAUGUGUCGAGCGAGAACUCCAUAUCGACGGUCACCUGGAAGUCAUACAAACGGUCUGAUGGCAGACACGAGCCGCUGACCAACGGCGAGAAGACGGCCAUCCGAUUCAUACGAGUGGUCAAGUAUUUCAUCGCUCGGCAAAACUUCAACAGAGCUCUGAAGCCGUACGACAUAAAGGAUGUGUUGGAACAGUACGCCGCCGGACACGCGGAUGUGUUGGGCCGCGUCCGACACAUGCAGUCCCGACUGAACGCCGUUCAGGUGUCGGUCAACACGAAUCUCCGGGCGCUGAACGAGUCGAAAGUGAUGCUGUCGUCCAGAAUCAAUCAGAUAGAGGCCGUCGCCAGUGAUAUGCAAAACAAAUUUUGCCAAUUAAUGGGACAUCAGAUCAGAGACAUGAAUGUUAUCCAGAAUUUAACCGAUAUUUUGAAUCAACGAAAUGCCAGUGAUUUUCAGCGCAACUCAUUGUCUUCCAGUCGGACAUCAAUCAGAACGAGAAGAAACUCGUUUUGAAUUUUAUUUAUCUCACAUUACAUUUUGAUAUGAAAGCUUUUUUUUAUUUAAUUGGC